ACCUGUUAACUUCUGUUUCCAGACUGCGUGCAGUUACUAGUCAGUAAUCGGGUUACUUAUUAUUGAUUUCGUUCCAAAGUUUUAUCUACGUUUUGUUCUUAAUGAUAAGAGCAAAAGAGGUUUGAUAAAUGAUUUUCUCACGAGGUAAAUUUUAGUUGAAACUUCACAGUGUGUCCAAAAUACCUUGGCGUUGUUGUUGAUCCAGCUUUCUGAGAUAACGAUGAAAUCGUGUAACGUGAGCAGGUAAUGAACACCUUCACUGGGACAGAGAUGAUAAAGCAUUGAAACGGUAAAGUCUACGUAGUUUGGUUUCUUCCAUCGACGUCGUUGUUAAAUGUACUACAAUCAUAAUUACCAAGUUAAAUGUACUUGCCAAGCGUCAGUCACUAAAGCGUAAAGAUGUCUGGACCAGGCUUAGAUUUUAAUACUCUUCAAGAGAUAAUGCAGAGUGACGAUGACGAAUUUGAAAGAGCUGUCAACAAGAUGAACAUGAGGGAACUUUUGGACCUGGUUACUGGUCUCCAGAAUGCCAUGGCACAGGAACAGCAACAGUUCGAUCAACUGAGCCUGCAGCUACACAUGUACCCAGACUCCUCCAGUGAAGAGCAUCAAAGGAUUUCCAGCGCCAUGUGUUCGUCCCAGAUGCGGCUAGCCUGCUUGUGUACACGAAACAUGCGGUGCUUCACACAGCAAGCCAUCCGUUCUAAAGAAGAUCAGCUUCUCAUCACCAAAUCUGAUUCUUCUGAAGACCUAACGCGCGACAACCCAACCAAAGAAAAUACACCAGUUUAUGAAGAAGUUUCUGAUAACCAGGUUUCCGUCCAUUCUAGUGGUUUUAGAGAAAGUCUUGAGUUCUUCCAAAGCCAAAUAAAGAGGAAUGUUAAAACGGAAGGAAAGCAAGAAAAUUCUUCUGUUUCUUCCUCAAGCAGGUCUGAAUUCGUUGUGAGAAAACCUACAGAAAAAUCUGUCAGUAGAAAUAGUUGUCAGUCGGCACCUUCUACCAACGUAGAUAGCAUUCUACAGAGUGUAAGACUCAUUCGCGCAACUCAGUUCAGUGGUGGUGGCAAUGCCCCUUGUAGUGAUUCAGAACAGUCAGAUAAAGAAAAUCUUUCUCCCGAUGAACCAUCAAGCGUAUCGAAACAAUCUAUUGAAUUAACCCCUUUUGCCAUGCUCCAAAAGACUCGCCGGCCUGGUGCUGUUAACCAUUCGUUAGGAAAAUCUUCAUGUGCUGAAGAUCUACGGUGUGAUGCAGGAGAAACUCCAGAAAGACGUCCCGAUGUGGAAUCCGAUCUCGAUUCCCAGGACUUUGUGGUGCAUAAUAAUACAUUUUAUGGCCAAGAUAUUGCCGAAGAAUUAUUGGAGGAUGCUUACAGCUCAGUUAAUGAAGAUGGAGAACAACAUGAAUAUCACGUGCAACAUCCAGACGACCACGUGCAAGCGCCAGACACUCCUUCUCCCGAUUAUGAUAGUUCAGAAGAAUACAAUAUUAUAAGUGGUACAGAUGGUGAACGCGAUCCUUUCUAUGACGAGGACGACAAUGACUUUAUUGAUAAUAGUGCAUCUUAUCUUACUGACCCUCGACGCUAUGUAUAUUAUGCGGAUGAAAAAGAAUUAGAAGUUAUACCUGAAGAAGAUGAAGAAGAGUUUGAAGAUGAAGAUAUAGAAACAAGUGGUGAAGUGCAUUCAGAUUACUGUGAAGGGAGUAGCUACAAGGAAGACACAUAUAAGGAAAAUAAUUGUGGUGAGAGUGAUUCAGGGGUGACUGAUGGCCAUCACAGUAGUGUAGCAGAAGAUGAAGUGAAUUCUGACAAGGGGAGUGCAAGCACUGCAGAUUCAGACAGUGCCCAAGGAUCCUUGUGGCCAGACUCCACUGCUGGAUCUCCAUCUGUUAUUGAAAAACCUACAUACAGAGCCAGCAUAGACUUGCAAUCCCCUGAAUUACCAGAGCACAACAGUAAUAUUGAGAACUCUCUUAUAAAAAGUAGUAGUUUUGAAACUAAACAUCAUGAACUAGUUGAACUUCCUAUCUCCCAAAUGAAUAAUAUUAACACUGAAGAUUAUUUCCCCAAGAGAGGCACUGUUGAAGCUAGGCUGAAACAGCUCGAAAUAGGCAGUGGUAAGAGAAAUAUCAAAGAAGGUUCAAAAGAUGCUAUGGUUAUAUUAUCUGAAUUCAGACACUCUGUUCCAGAUGUUGUUGAAGACACAAGACGUUCCAGGAGCUCUACAAUAAAUUGGGAUCCAACUGAUCUUCUGAUGGAACUGUAUAAAAUAGAAAUUUCUUCACAGGAUAGACAAGAAAGUACUACUUACGUAAACACUGAAGGUUACCUGGAGAAACUUCCCUCUGGUAGAAAAAGUGUUACUUAUUGGAACCCCUGGAAACGAAAGUACUUCUGUGCAAGGGAUGGGUUUCUCUGUUCAUAUGAUAGUAUCCAAUCAGAAAAGCCUAACCAAAAGAUACAGCUCAUGGGAGGUGUUGUAGAAGUCCUGGACAAUAAUGUUAUAGGUAUUGAUGACAAGAAAGGACACUAUGUAGUUGUAAGGUGUCAAGAUGAAGAAGAAACUGAAGACUGGUUUCGAUCACUUCAGACUCAAUGUCGUGAAAACUUUAAUAUGACCUACAUUCAACCUGUUCGUUAUCCAUUGAAAAGCCACAAGGAUGUGAUAAUUGUUGAUUUGGGAAGCUGUUCAAUUCGUGCUGGUGUUCUCAUGGAUCAUCCCACAUUGCCUCAAGUUUUCUUCCCAACCAUCUGUGCAACAGACAAAUACUAUAGUGAGAAUCAGGUAUUUGGAAUAGAGGCUUUGAAACCUAACAUACGCUGCUCAUCUAAUUUAUCAUUUCCAGUCUCACAAUCUGCAAAAAUUACGAAGUAUACCAUGGAUGUGGAAAAACUUUCAGGGCUUUUCAAGAAGGUCUUUCAAGAGUUAAAUGUCGACCCAAGAAAGUAUAAGGUUCAAGUAUGUGUACCUCGUAGUUUUAGUAUUCAAACUCAAAGUGCCAUUCUCAAGACACUUUUUGAAGAAUUUGGCGUAUGUGGAGUCAACUUAACUCAUCAGGCAAUCUUAUCUUUAUAUGCCUACAACAGUACAUCAGGAAUUGUUGUUGACAUUGGAGAUCGAAUGGACAUUGUUCCCAUUACUUAUGGAUAUAUUGUUGAAAGUGGUGUUACAAGGUUACCAUAUGGUGGGCAACGUAUGCUUCAUCAUCUCAGACAUGCGCUGACACAGAAACAUGUUAGUCUGAUAAGUGACAUAGAAGCCUACAUUAUACGUUAUGUUCAAGAAAAAGCCUGCUUUGUGUCUCGUGAUUACAAGAAAGAUUUGGAGAAUUUUAGAGAAAACCUAGAAAGUAUUGAGAAAACCCUGACUGUGAAACAGUUCUUCCAGACAGAAUGCCCAACGGAAAGUAUCUCUAUAGACAUUGGGAGAUUUCAAACACCAGAGGGCCUCUUUACCCCAGAAUUGUGGGGUUUGGAUUACCCAGGAAUCCAUAAAUUGGUACACCGUGCCUUUCAAGAGUGUAGCAUGGACAUUCGCCGAGAGAUGGUUAGAAGUAUCUACCUUAGUGGUGGAGUGACAUUAUUACCAGGAUUUGCAGAGAGGCUUGAAACAGAGAUAGACAGACUAACUCCUCCAGCAAUAGUUCCCAAGGUACAUGCCUCGCCUCAUCGUUACCACAUGGCUUACCUUGGUGCUUGUCGAUUGGCUGCCUCAGAUGGAUUUCAUGAAGCAUGUGCAAGUAAAGAGGAAUGGUCCAAAAAAGGUUCAGAGUGUUUAAAGCGGUGGCAUCUGUAAAAUGUAAGAAAUACUGUUUGGAACUAAGAGAUAAAUAAUGAGGGAACUUACGACUACUGGAUACAAAAGGAUGUAUUUUUAGAAGUGUUUAACAUUAGACAAAGAUAUCAGGGAAGAUAUUACUUUGAGAGAAAAUAAUAACUGUUAAAAGACAGACCAAAAUAUUUAAAACUUGGAGGUAUUAUUUUAUUUUUGUAAUCCUGAAGGAAGCAGAGUAUUGGGUCCAUUUUUUUAUACAAUUCUAGUGCCAAUAUUUCUUCCAUGAUAAUUUAAAAUUCCUGCCACAAAGAAAUUGAAUGAAAUAUGCUUGUAUAUAUAAAUGUCUAUACCUGUCUUAUAUUUAUACUGGGAAUGAGGGACAGGAUCUAUCUUUAAAAAGAGGGAAAAUCUUCAGACGUUAUAAAUUUUAGGCCAUUGUUACAAGAAGGUGGUCUAAGAAAGUGUAAGGCCUUUGUAUAUAGUUCCAAUUUCAAAUGUUUGAUCUUUGAUGUAUUUUAUUAACAUGCUCUAAAUUGAUUUAUAAAAGGAAAUAAUGGAUUUUUAUAAAGCAACCCAGGGUAACAAAAGUUGUGUCAAGAUGUUAGCUUGGAAUUAAAAAAGUUAUAUUAGUACAUUAUAAUAUAAUAUAAACUGUAGAUUAUUACUGCAUUGGAAGUACAAAUCAUAACUUAUUAUUUAGCAGGAUUGUGAGUAACCUGUCUGGAAAGGAGGUCACUUAUUGAAGCAUAUCAGCAUAAUUAGAAAAUAUUAUCAUACCUAACAUGCAUCUUAAAUUGUGAUCUGCUCAUGUAUAUACUACCUAGAAGUUAACUGGUUGCAAGUUUUUGUUUUUAUUAAUAAUCAUUCCAUUUUAUAACUUAUAAAGAAAUGACAGAUUUGGUUAUCAGCUUUGUUGAAAGGUUGUAAAUACGUUUGGUUUAGCCUUGUACCUCACAGUAAUACUAAUACAGCAUUCAUAUCUCUUUAAAGCUUAAGAUUAAUUGGGUUUGGCUGUUUAGCAGUUUAUUUUGUAUUAAAGGAAAGAAUUCUUUAUUUGAGUGGAUAAUACUUGAUGUUUUAAAUUUGAUGCAGUGCAAGAUUCAUAUAUUACUUUUACUUUUGAAUUAUCAUAAAUAUGAUGUGAUGUAUUCACAUGCAACAAGGUUGUAAUUGUAAGGUAAUAUGUCUUUGCUUACUUGGGUGCCUUUAAUUUGUUGUUCUGGCAAUCCCUGAUAUAUUUUGUUAUAAAUUAAGUUCUGUAUAAUAGUGGUUUAUUUUGUGUAUUAAGUAUUUUCAAGGUGAAUUUGAAAAUUGUUUUAAACAACUAAUAAAUACUGUGUUAGGAGAUGAGUAGAUAUUAGAGCUUCUUUCCCUUAAUUAAUUAGAAGCUAAUUUCUUGAUUGGUUACUUUAUAUAUCUGUGUACUAAGGAAAAUCAAACUUAAUCAUUCCAGUUCAAGUAGCAAAUGCUGCUGACAUUAACGUUGCAUUCCUUCCUCCUUUGCAAAGAAAAUAUUUUUAAGCUGUUUACUCGUACUUAAGAUUAUUUUAGUAACCAUGAUCAAUUGAAUGUAGUUGGUGGUUUACACAUUGAACAAUACAUUUUUCAAGAAAGGCUAAGCAACACAGAAUACAAUAUGAUAAAUAAUUGCAAAGUUUCUUUUUGCAUAGUAGUUUUCAGUUUGAUACGGUAAACCAAGCUCCACAUGAUUAGGUAACAUUUUAAAACUUGUUUAAUUUUCAAAAGCCUGAACUCCUAAUGAAAAGUCAUUUGGCAUAAUCAGUGUAGCAGGCUAAGUAAAAAAUUCUAACUUAUUAUUGGUUAACAAGAUUGUGUAACCUGUCUGAAAAGAUGAUCACUUAUUGAAGCAUACUUAGAAAAUAUCUAAAGGAAUGCAGAGUUUGUUUUUAGAGAAGGAUUUCACAUUCCAUAAAAGUUUUCAAAAUAAUCAAUUGCAAAUAAUGAAAGAGCUAUUCAAUAAGAUUUUAGGUAUGGUGUAAAAUCAACAAAAACAAUGUAGUGAUAAAUAACAAUCAAAUGUGAUGUUUAAUGAGGGAUAGAUUUGCACUCAGUAAAGCACAUAAACCACACCACUGUAUGAAAUUUUAUUGAAUGCUCUCUGGUGACCAAACUUAACUGAUUGCUACCCUUCAUUUCAUACAAAAGUAGGGAAUGCAUAUUCAAAUUGUGACAUUGUCCCAUUCUACUGUUUAAAGACAAAACAAAAAGAAGUAAUACUUAAGGGAAACGGAUUUAUUGAAAUAUGCUGGAAAUUGUUUGUGUUCAAGAAUUUUGGAAACAUUAAUUUCAAUUAGUAAAGAAAGAACUAGAGAAUUGGUUGAAUAAAUUAACAGUUGUUCUGUACUUUAAUAUCGAGAGUCUCAAUUAAUGUGCUUUCCCUGCAUGCUUGGUUAAUGUUUCCAAUACUUUUAAUGUGAUUCUCUUGAACUAUGUAAGCUUGAUUAAAACAUAAGAGCUUUGCAUAUUUUUUGAUCUGAAGAAUUUCCAAAAAUCCAGUCUUUCUUCAGUUCGUAUCGUACAUCAUCUUUACUGAAGUUGACAGAAGACAAUAAAUGUACUUUUUUAAAGUUUCAUGGCAAAGGGUAAACAAGUUAUACUCACUGUUUGCUAUUCAGGAAUUUUAAGAGUUGCAGGAAUUAAUUUCUAAAUAAUAUAUUUUUUUAAUGUGUGUGUGUGUAUAUAUAAGAUUUGGGAUACAUGCUUCACAUGAAUUUUGUUAUAAUUUAUAUUCUGUACAAAGAAAUAUUGUAGUAACAUUUUCUUUGAGACUCGUAAGUGUAAUAAAAGCAACAAACUACAAGUUUACUUCAUGUUGACAGUUUAUUAUUAUAUUAUCUAGCUUUUGACUGUUAUAUUAAAAUUCACACAGGUGGUAAUACACUAAUAAACUGUUACUGUGGAGUAAGUAGGCAAACGGAAGCCUGCUGUUGCUUUACCAACGCUAAUUUCAAGUGAUAUUAAACAAAAAAAAAAGUAUCCAAGUAAAAGAAGUGACUAGAU